AUGGCCGGAGCUAUACUUUUCGAGCGUGCCCAGGCAGUAUCUACUGUGAACCGGGAGGAAGGCAUCUCGCUAUUAAACAAAAUUGUGCGAGAACAGGAAGUUGCCGAGAAUGACGAGGAGCUUAUACGUAUUAAGGAGCAAGGUAUUAUGCAGCUGGGCGAGCUCUACAAGCAGGAGGGCAAGGCCAAAGAGUUGGCUGAUUUAAUCAAGGUGACGCGUCCAUUUUUAAGCUUGAUCAGCAAGGCGAAGGCUGCAAAACUGGUGCGGUCAUUAGUCGAUAUGUUUCUUGAUAUGGACGCUGGAACGGGCAUUGAGGUGCAACUUUGUAAAGACUGCAUUGAGUGGGCCAAACAAGAAAAGCGAACCUUUCUGCGUCAGUCGUUGGAGGCACGUCUCAUUGCACUCUACUUCGACACGGCCAUGUAUACAGAUGCAUUGGCGCUAGGUUCCCAAUUACUUCGUGAGCUAAAGAAGUUGGACGAUAAGAAUUUGCUAGUGGAGGUGCAGCUGCUAGAGAGCAAGACCUAUCAUGCGCUUAGCAAUUUGCCAAAGGCACGCGCUGCACUCACAUCUGCACGAACCACGGCCAAUGCAAUAUAUUGUCCGCCCAAGGUUCAGGGUGCGCUCGAUUUACAAUCGGGCAUAUUACAUGCGGCAGACGAGCGCGAUUUUAAGACCGCCUUUUCCUACUUCUACGAGGCGUUUGAGAGCUUUGAUAGCGUGGUGGAGAGCGCGAAAGCACUAACGUCGCUUAAGUACAUGUUGUUAUGCAAGAUUAUGCUUGGUCAGUCUGAUGAUGUUAACCAGAUUCUCAGCGGAAAGUUGGCCAUCACCUACUCUGGCCGCGAUGUUGACGCUAUGAAAUCUGUAGCGGAGGCCUCACACAAGCGAUCGUUAGCUGAUUUUCAGCUUGCGUUAAAAAACUACAAGAAGGAAUUGGCCGAGGAUGUUAUUGUGCAGGCACAUUUAGGUACGCUGUACGACACCAUGUUGGAACAAAAUCUAUGCCGCAUUAUUGAGCCAUAUUCGCGUGUGCAGGUUGCCCAUGUGGCCGAUAGCAUUAAGUUGCCUAUGCCGCAGGUGGAGAAAAAGCUAUCCCAGAUGAUUUUGGACAAAAAGUUCAGUGGAAUUUUGGAUCAGGGCGAAGGUGUGCUCAUUGUAUUCGAAGAGACUCCCGUAGACAAAACAUACGAGCGUGUGCUAGAGACCAUACAAAGCAUGGGCAAGGUAGUUGACACGCUGUAUCAGAAGGCCAAAAAACUGUCAUAAAAUGUAUCAGCAAACAACGCAUGCACGAUAUCAGUAAAAUUAUUAGACAGACACUUAAACACUUUGGGGUCUCCCUCUUGUAUUCAAGCAUUUCCCAUUACCAAAUUCCCCAAUCUUCGCUUAUAGCUUAUUAAUUUUGUUUCUGUAAACCACAAACAAGAGGGUAAAAUUAACAACUGCAAAUACAAAUAUAUUGGUGGUAACAGCAUCUACUUUUAAAAUAAUACAUAAAAAAUAACUCAAAUUAACAUAAGAAAAAUUAUCGGUAGAGAAAUCGAAUUGUUCACACGCGCGGUAUAUAUACUAAGAAAAAUAUUCAAUUUACAAAUAAACGAGAGAGCGAAAAACCUA